AUGCAGGUGGAGCUACAGUAUCCACAGCGGCAAAUGGACUUAAAGAAUAACUGGGGCGAAUUCGAUGGUUCGCUGACCAAGUGGAAGGGCUUCCAUGAUCGCUUCAAAGCCGCUGUGCAUGAUAAUGAGCAGGUUGCGCCAGCAUUUAAGUUUGCAUAUUUGCAAAAGUCGUUGGUGGGCAAGGCUGCACGUACUUUGGGUGAGUGGCAGCUGACCGACGAAAACUAUAAUGAAGCAUGGGAACGCUUAAUUCAGCUCUAUGACAAGAAGUAUCACACAUGUCGUGAGUAUUUGCGCCAGUUUUAUAGGUUGCUGUUUUUGGAGCGUGCAUCUUCGGAUGCACUUCAACGCAUGUCAAACGUGACGCACGAGACAUUGCGUCAGUUGCACGCGCAAGGCUUGCCCAUAGAGCAUUGGGACAUGCUCGUAGUGCAUAAUUUGCACGAAAGACUUCAGCGGCAGUCUGAAACCCCAACAGCAGUUGAGAUGCUAGCGUUUCUCGACAAACAGGCCGCUGCAUCUUCGCAUCAAGUAGAGAACCGUCGUGCGCGAGAGAGCAGUGUGGCAUCAUCGGCUGUUCGGGCUGAACAGAUAAAGAGGCGUCAGCAAGAUGCAAAUCAGAGAGCAAGUAAGGUCAGAGCUAGUGUGCAGAAGAGCGACGGAGGAGCAAAGAAGACUUCUCCAUGCCACUUAUGUCGAGGUGAUCAUGGGUUGUAUAAGUGCCCAGACUUCCUGAAUCUACGGGCACGUAAGACAUAUGUAGAGAAGCACAAUUUAUGUCCAAACUGCUUCAAGCAAGGACUUCAGUAA